AUGACGAGCGAACCGCCGACGGACGGCCGACUUUGCCGUCACUACCGAGACGCGUUCCCGACGCCGGUCGACGUCAUGAUGCCCACCACGUACCUGGGACUUGACUUCAGCACGCAACAGUUGAAAGGAGUUAUUGUUGACGAUGAUCUGCACAAGAUCUUCGAGGCCACAGUACAUUUCGACACGGAGCUCCAAGAGUUUCGGACUCAUGGCGGCGUGAUUAAGGGCAAAGACAGACAGCAUCGCGAGGUGACAGCGCCAACAGUUAUGUGGGUCAAAGCCUUGGACGUACUGUUGGACCGGUUGCAAGUGUGCGGUGCCGAUUUAAGUACAGUCUCCGCGGUUUCUGGUUCCGGACAGCAACACGGCACGGUGUAUUGGACGAACGGUGCCGAAAAAACGCUGCAAACUUUGAACCCGGCCGGAUUUUUGCACAUGCAAUUGGCGUCUUGUUUUUCCGUGGUCAACUCACCAGUGUGGAUGGACUCCAGCACCACGAAACAGUGCAAACAUCUCGAGGACACAGUCGGAGGACCACAGCGAUUGGCCGACAUCACCGGAUCGAAGGCGUACGAGAGGUUUUCUGGGCCCCAAAUCGCCAAAAUGGCAGAAAGCAAACCAGGGGCCUACCAGAACACGGAAAGGAUAUCGCUAGUGAGCAGUUUCGGCUGUUCGUUAUUACUCGGCGCAUACGCUCCGAUCGAUUGGUCCGACGGUUCGGGGAUGAACCUGUUAGACAUCAAGACCAAAGAGUGGUCGACUGAAUGCUUGGAAGCGUGCGCGCCGGGGCUGGACUCGAGACUGGGGCGGACUGUGCCGCCGGGUACCGAUUUGGGCCCGAUCAGCAAUUAUUAUGUGGAGAGGUUCGGGUUCAAUCCCGAGUGCCGAGUGGUGUCAUUCACCGGCGACAAUCCAGCGUCGUUGGCCGGCCUGUGCCUCAGCGACAACGACAUCGCCAUAAGUCUCGGGACCAGCGACACGCUGUUCUUGCCGCUGGACGAGCCCAGGUGUCUAGAAGAGGGACAUGUCCUGGUCAGCCCGAUCAACCGAGACGCGUACAUGGUGCUUCUGUGUUUUAAGAACGGCUCGUUGACCCGCGAAAGACUGAGAAACCAUUACGCCAACGAGUCGUGGGACCACUUCAACACAUUGCUGGAGAGAACGCCCAGAGGAAAUUUCGGAUAUCUGGGACUGUACUAUGACGAACAGGAAAUCAUUCCGUGGAUACAGGGUGACUACCGUUUUGAUAAGAAUGACGGGCCUGUGGACAGGUUUCCCAGCCGGGAGAUCGAAGUCAAAGCGUUGGUCGAAGGACAGUUCAUAGCUAAAAGGGCGCACGCCGAACAGUUGGGAUACACGAUAGAUGCCAAGACGAGGAUCAUAGCUACGGGAGGCGCUUCAAACAAUAAUACAAUCUUACAAAUUUUAUCUGACGUUUUUAACGCACCUGUUUAUACACAAGAAGCUGCCAAUUCCGCAGUUCUGGGUGCUGCAUAUCAAGCUAAACGUGGACUUGUUCAAAGUAAAUGUACUGACUGCGUAGAUUCAUUUCAAUCGGUGGUAACCACUGCCGCUCCUCCCACAUUAGCUUGUUCACCUCAUAAAGAUGCUUAUGAAAUUUACACUCCAAUGGUCAAGCGGUACAAUAAUAUUAUUAAAGAGGUGCUAUCAGCUACUAGAAAAUGA